AUGAAACUUAUAGUUUGCAAUGAACUUCAAAGUAUAGAUACAACAAAAGUUUUGAACUCAGAUGCUUUGAAGAGUCUUAUAACAGACAAAGUUGGAGUUGUUGAAAGAAAGUAUAAAGACCAAAGAGUUUGUGAAAAUGUUGCAAACUUCAUUAUGGUUUCAAACAAUGCUGUUCCGAUGAAGUUAGAAAGUUCUGACAGAAGAUAUGUAGUUGUCAGAACGUCAGAUUCUCAUAUGCAAGAUACAGAAUAUUUUGACGACUUAGCAGAAACUUUGACAUCUGACUUUUACAACCACUUGUUCUCAUAUUUCAUGACAUUAGAUAUUUCAAAGUUCAAUCCAAGACAAAUUCCACAUACCGAAGAAAGACAAACAUUGUUAGAAGCAAACAAGAGUGUAUAUGAACUGUUCAUAGAUGAGACUAACUUUGUGUCAUUAGAUGAAAGGUCAUUGUACGAUUCGUAUAAACAAUAUUGUCAAGAAUAUGGUUAUAUGGCAGCUUCUAAACGAACAUUCUUGGCAAAUGUCAAAAAUCUUUUCGAAGUUCGGAAUGGCGUAUAUACAAAGAAAAUUUUUUCUGAGUAA